CUAUUCCCACCACUCUCGAGCUCUCAUCCAGUUUUGGUUCCGAAAUGUGGUUGGUUACACCGUAGCACCUACCCUCCAAUACCAAGGUAGGAGGGUUGAAUCUUGAUGGUUUGGAUCGGGGAUCUGCAAGGUGACAGCCGCGAAAGAACAAGUUGGGCCAUGAUACUUCUCACAAAAUCAAGCAGCAAGCAACUAAAAACACAAGCAACUAAAAAACAUACUCCAGCAGGCACAACUUAGAAACCGCAGAAACCAGUCCCCAGAAACAUGAAGACUUACCAAUGCACCUACUUUCUUGCUGCACUCGCAACGCUGGCGUUGAGCGGUGCAAAUGGAGAGAUUACUGAUCAGUGCAGACAGGAGACAGCAACGUUGCAGGAGAACGAAGACCUCGGCCUGGCCUUUGAAGAACUGCUCCAAGAAUUCAAGGACGACGUAGAAAGUGUGUGUGACUUCAGUGUUUCUGGUGUGGACUGUGGUAUAGACUAUUCAGACGAGAAUGCAACGUUUUCUGCGCUCUGCACGGACGCCGGUGGCCAGAUCGUCGAUCAGAAUCUUCGCCUCAAUUGCGAGCUGGCUGGUGUCGAAUUUGGAAUUGGGGUGGGGAAAAUGCCGUUUUGUGUUGGUGCAUCCUGCAACUCCACAACUUGGGAAGCAAGUGACCUGAAUGACACAAGGGUCGAUAGUUUCCUUGAUGAAUUGUCGUUCUCGGGCUGUGAGGCCACCGUCAGCGCUGGGACACAGGUCGACCUCGUUGCUACCCUUGGUUUGGUCGGUGCAGCCAUGUUGGCAACUGUUGGAGGUGUUCUGUAAUAUAGCACCAUAGCAGUUGAGUAAACUAGAGAACCGGAAAUUUAAUAUGAGCGACAGUCAACGAGUCCUAAGCAUGUGCAGAUUAGCUUGUCGAGUCUAUGCCACAGGCAGAUUUUUGCCACAGAUCCACAUUUGCAACUGGGCCAAGCCGUACAAAGUUCAAACCAGAAGGAUAUUGCCCGUAGUUCAGUAAACCAUGCAGAGUAGGACAAGCGACAAUAUGAUAAUAAGCGACAGGUCAACGAGUCCGAAGCAGUUACAUAUGAUUAGCUUAUGAGUAUUUAUUU